AUGGCUAACAACAUGGUGAACGACCACCAUGACAUAACCAUUCCGGCUCCGCCUGUUGACCCUAUACCAAGACCACAGUCUCCUCCCCCUCCGCCUUCUACUGAGCUCUUGCCGCCGCCUCCUCCACCAGACACUGUUUUGGCCCCACCGCCUCCGCCGAUUGCCUCGAAUGUUCCUCCGCCACCCCCAGAUGUUGUGCCACCUCCACCCGCCAGUGAAUUAGACCUGUCGGCAGACGGGUUGAAACCACAGCCGCCGAAGAAGAAAGGAUGGGGCACCACCAAAUCUCAAAAGGCUACACCACUGAGCGUGGAAGAUUUAUUAAGGAGGAAGAGAGAGGCCGACCUGGCCGCUAGCAAACCCAAGUUUCUUUCCAAAGCUGAGCGGGAGCGCAUCGCUUUGGAGAAGCGCGCACAAGAAGCUGAAGCCGCGACUCCCUCCAAAACACAGAAUGGCUUUCCGCGGCGCCAAUCUUCGAAGCUAUCCACCAAGACUGAACCGCCCAAGUCGAAUGCUGCACCUAAAGGACCCAAGGCAUUCCGUAACGGAGAGGUCCCAACAGGCCCGGCAGCUAUGCGCUCUCGAGACCAAAAUAAGGAUUUCGACCUGAAACCUCCGGCCGCUCCGAAGUCCAUUGCAUUUAGUGGUGAUUCCAAGGGCCAGAAACGGCCAGCUGAGGAUGAGCGAAACGCACACAAAGAAUCCGACCUGAUUCGUCAGAGAUACAUGGGUGCUGAGAUGAAUGUCUCGACCUUCUCUGCCUUGAAAAAAAGGCGGAGGACAACGGAGAAAAAGUUCAAUUUCGAAUGGAAUGCUGAAGAAGAUACGACCCCGGACUAUAAUCCAAUCUACAACAACCGCGCAGAAACCAACUUCUUUGGGCGAGGUCGUCUCGGUGGGUUUGAUGAGCAGGUCGCGGAUGCCGCAGCACAGAAAUACGCUGCAGCCUUGCAAUCCAGGGAUAUCGUGGCUGGCUCUGCCCGUGCUCAAGAAAUCCUCGAAAUGGAGCGAAGGAGGAAAGAAGAUGCGGGCCGUAUGUCCAUAGACAAGCACUGGAGCGAAAAGAAACUUGAGCAUAUGCGUGAACGAGACUGGAGAAUUUUCAAAGAGGAUUUCAACAUUGCCACCAAGGGUGGAGGUAUACCAAAUCCCAUGCGGAAUUGGAAAGAAUCAUCUCUACCUCCAAGAUUACUCGAAAUCAUCGACCAGGUCGGCUACGUUGACCCUUCUCCUAUCCAGAGAGCUGCCAUUCCCAUCGCUCUUCAGAAUAGAGAUCUCAUUGGCGUGGCUGUCACUGGUUCCGGUAAAACAGCAGCAUUCUUACUGCCUCUCCUAGUCUACAUCUCAGAACUACCAAGGUUAGACGAAGACGACAUGCGGAAAAACAAUGGCCCUUAUGCGAUUAUUCUGGCGCCCACUCGAGAAUUGGCGCAACAGAUCGAAUUGGAAGCACGAAAAUUUGCUUCUCCGUUGGGUUUCACCGUGGUGUCCAUCGUUGGUGGCCAUUCGAUUGAGGAGCAGGCCUAUAAUCUUCGCAAUGGUGCUGAAAUUAUCAUCGCCACGCCUGGUCGUCUUGUCGAUUGUAUUGAUCGCCGUAUUAUCGUUCUCGAGCAAUGUUGCUACGUUAUCAUGGACGAGGCAGAUCGCAUGAUCGACCUCGGUUUUGAAGAACCCGUCAACAAAAUCCUCGACGCUCUCCCUGUAGGAAAUGAAAAGCCUGAUUCAGAAGCUGCAGAAGACUAUCGCGCCAUGUCACGUCACCUUGGCGGCAAGGACCGAUACCGACAGACAAUGAUGUACACGGCCACCAUGCCUGUCGCAGUCGAGCGUAUAGCACGCAAAUACCUUCGCCGCCCCGCGAUCGUCACAAUCGGAAACAUCGGAGAAGCCGUCGACACAGUUGAGCAGCGCGUUGAGUUCGUCGCCGGCGAGGACAAGCGCAAGAAGCGACUCGGCGAGAUCCUCUCGUCAGGCGAAUUCCGCCCGCCGAUCAUCGUCUUUGUCAACAUCAAACGCAACUGCGACGCCGUUGCUCGCGACAUCAAACACAUGGGCUUCUCGUCCGUCACGCUCCACGGCUCGAAGACGCAGGAGCAGCGAGAAGCGGCGCUCCUCUCCGUCCGCGAAGGCAAGACCGACGUGCUGGUCGCCACCGAUCUGGCUGGCCGAGGUAUCGACGUCCCAGACGUCAGCCUCGUCGUCAACUUCAACAUGGCACAUAACAUCGAGUCUUACACCCAUCGCAUUGGUCGUACAGGUCGUGCGGGCAAGAGCGGUAUUUCGAUCACGUUCCUCGGCAACGAGGACGCAGAUGUCAUGUACGACCUCAAGCAGAUGCUCAUGAAGAGCAGCAUCUCCCGCGUCCCCGAGGAGCUUCGGAAGCAUGAAGCUGCCCAGCAGAAGACCCAGCGUGGAGGAGGUGGUGCCUCGAAGGGAGGGUUCAAUAGGGGUGCCGUCGGUGCUGGUGACGAAUCUGGCGGCUUUGGUAUGGGGAAAAGCGGCCCUGGUCAUGGUGGUGGCGGCGGCUGGUAG